GACAAGACAUUAGUCUAGAUGCAGUAAAUUGGAAGAAAUGGAAGAAAGGAAAAUCAAGAGGAGGAGCCCCAAAUCAUCUUCCAGUCACUCUGCUCAGGUUGCUAACUCCAAGAAAAGCUCAGUGCCAGUCAGUAAAAGUACAGCCUUUUCCAACCCUGCCCCACAGCCUGCAGUACAAAAACCAAAGUUAAAACGCAUAAUCAAAGAGAAAGCCAAACCUCCAGGAGGUGAAGCUAAAGGGGCACAGGCAGCACCAAUCCAGCAUUCUUUUCUCACAGAUGUAUCAGAUGUCCAGGAAAUGGAAAGGGGUCUUCUGAGUCUCUUGAAUGACUUCCACUCUGGCAAACUUCAAGCAUUUGGAAAUGAAUGUUCCAUAGAGCAGAUGGAGCACGUGCGGAGUAUGCAGGAGAAACUUGCUCGCCUCAAUCUGGAGCUCUAUGGGGAGAUGGAAGAACUCCCUGAAGAUAAAAGAAAACUAGCCAGUGAUUCCAACCUGGAUAGACUACUGUCAGAUCUAGAAGAACUAAAUUCAUCUAUCCAAAAACUACAUUUAGCAGAUGCUCAAGAUAUUCCAAAUGGUACUACGGGCUGAGAGAGAACAUCUUUGUCAAUCUGGAUUCUCCCAGCUUUGCUUUUGUUUUUCUGGACAAUGGAACCAAGAAGAGUUGUGACUUUGUGUUGUUUGUUUUUUAAUUUUACACAACAAAGAAUCAAAGUGCAAAUCCAGGUGUUUAUUUUGCACAUUCCUCUGAGCACUGCAUUAUAUCAGGGCUCAGUACCUAGAGUUGUAGUUAAUUGUGAUGCUGUGCUUUUUAUUAUUGCCUUACUUAACAGAAAAAUUGGAGAAAGUUGGAAAUACAUUUCUUCUGCUUAGUGUUCAUAUGGUUGCAAAUGGUACAUGUAUAUAAGUUCAUUGACAUUUCUCCAGUUUUUAUGAAGGUAGUGAUAAUGUUGCCUUUCUGAUUAUUACAUAGACAAUCUGCUCACUAUAUCUUUAGUGUUUUGUUGAUUGGUGAUGCCACAGAUUAAUUUAUUGUUAAUAAAGUGAAAAGUUUUAAAUACAUGUUUCAUUUGCAGAAGCUGCUCUUGGUUUGGCUGUGUUAGGACGAUGAGUUUUAGCAUUGUCCAACUGUUAGCAGAGUUUAUGUUUUUACAUUACUAUGAAUAAUUAUAAAAUGUCACCAAAUUAAAACUAGCAUGCAUACUAGGAGUCUUCAUAAAUUAAGUACUGAGAAAUUAAAAAAUUGGGUAAACAGUUACUGUUCAAUAAAUCCAGGAUAUUCAAUUUUGUAAUUA